AUGGCAUCCGCCGUCUUAGCUAGCCGGAAUGAAUCUAGCUGGGCUCAGUCUGGUGGUGCCGGUGGUGGAUUCAUGGGGAAAACCCCUUUUUCUCAUACACAACUGAACCCUAAUCACAACCCUAACCCUAAGAAGAAGCAGAAGCAAUUCCAUCACACCUCUAAUGGUCGGCAUAUUGAUGAAUCGCCGGCCGUGACGCAAACAGCGUCUGAUGAUGCCUAUUCGUUCAAUCAACGGCCGAUUGAAUCAACGACCAACGUUGACGGCCUUAAUUUCGGAGGAUAUUUGACUUUUAACGUCGUCUCUUACAACAAAGGCGAGGUCAAUGAGCUACGGAGUCGGCUGUUGGCGGAGGUCGAACAGAUCCGAAACCUCAAGGAUCGAAUCGAAUCCGGUCAAUUGAGCACCACCAACCCCAGAUCACAAGGCAAAUCGAAGAAACUAUCUGGAAAUAAACGGCCUACCCCUUCCGGAUCCAGUAAAGAUCCGAAAAAGCUCCCAAACGGAGUUGAAAAUAGGAAUUUUGGUAAUCCUGUUGGUGGUGGUGGUGUUAAGGCCAUCGGAACGGAAAGUAUGAUGAAGGAAUGUAGGCAGAUUUUGGCAAAGCUGAUGAAGCAUAAAAAUGGGUGGAUUUUCAAUAUCCCUGUUGAUGCUGAAGCCCUGGGUCUUCAUGAUUACCACCAAAUUAUUAAGCGACCCAUGGAUUUGGGGACGGUUAAAUCAAAUUUGGCUAAGAAUUUUUACCCUUCCCCUUUUGAAUUUGCUGCUGAUGUAAGGCUUACUUUCAAUAAUGCCUUGUUGUAUAACCCUAAAACAGAUCAAGUUAAUGGCUUCGCUGAGCAGCUUCUCGGACGAUUUGAGGACAUGUUUAGACCGCUCCAGGAUAAAAUGAAUAAGCUUGAAGGCGGCAGGAGGGAUUAUCAUCCUGUAGAUGAGUUGCAGGGGAGUUCUUGGAAUCACAUACCUACGCCCGAGAGAGUGAAGAAACCCAAGGCUACUCCAGUCCCUCACAUUUCAAAGAGGCAAGAGCGGAUGCAAAAUCAUUCUAGUGCGUCAACACCCUCUUUGCCAGUGCCACCACCCAAUCCACCAGCCCGGCAGCAGUCCCCAUUGUCAACUCCUUCCCCAGUGAGGGCACCACCCUCGAAGCCUGAAUCAGCUGCUAAAGUUCCUGCUAUGGGAAAGCAACCUAAACCGAGGGCCAAGGAUCCAAAUAAAAGAGAGAUGAAUAUGGAGGAGAAGCAUAAAUUAGGAGUUGGGUUGCAAAGUUUGCCACAAGAGAAGAUGCCGCAGUUGGUGCAGAUUAUAAGGAAGAGGAAUGAACAUUUAGCCCAAGACGGUGACGAGAUUGAGCUCGACAUUGAGGCCCUUGACACCGAGACUCUAUGGGAGCUUGAUCGGUUUGUGACCAAUUGGAAGAAGAUGGUGAGCAAAACUAAGAGGCAGGCAUUGAUGAUUAACAAUUUGGGACCACCAUCCGCCAGUGCUGCAGCUUCUGCUGCAACUACAUCCGUCGCCGAAGCAGAUGGGCCUACCACUAGUGAGAAAAAUGAUUCCUUCAAAAAGCCCAAAAAGGGUGAUGUUGGAGAAGAGGAUGUAGAGAUAGAGGAUGAUGAACCAGCUACCCAUUUUCCUCCAGUGGAAAUUGAGAAGGAUGAAGGUGGUGGGCGGGAUCAAGAGAAUGGUGGUGGUGGUAGUAGUAGCUCUAGUAGUUCUAGCAGCUCAAGCAGUGGCUCCUCCUCUUCUAGUGAUUCUGAUUCAGGAAGUUCAUCCGGAAGUGACUCUGAUGCUGAUGAUGCACACUCUUGA